CGUCGAUCAUGUCUGCAAUCUUACCUCUUCACCAUGCAGCAAGUUGUGGGGACCUGAAUACAGUGCAAGUCCUCGUACGAAAUAGGUCGGCUUUAGGAAUCAGAGAUGAGGACGGUCUUACACCCAUUAUACAUACCGUAUUUAAUAAUCAUCAACAAGUGACGAGCUACUUGGUCGACGAGAUGACAGGCGAGGAAUUGGCAGUGCAGGAUCUAUUUGGAUACAAUGUGCUACAUUACAUGGCAAGAGAGGGUCGUCCAUGGAAAAAUAUAAUGAGGUCCAUAUGUGAAAAAUGUCCUGACGCUAUACAGCAGGUUAAUUACAAAGGACGCCGACCAAUGGAUGUGGCAAGAGAAAAGUUGGACGAUGAUCCGAAUCAAAGUAGAUACCGGGAGGUGAUCCAGCAUUUUGAUCGACUUGCACAGUAUCAAGUUAAGAAAGGAAUCACUGAGAAAUUAGUUCAAACCUGUAACGUCACAGUUACCUUCAUAGGAAAUGUAAAGUCUGGAAAGACAUGCCUACGAAAGCAGUUGUCACGGGAAGAGUUUCCAAUUGAUGGUCCAGGAUCAACAAAUCUUGUAGAAUUUCUUGCAAACUAUUUAGACUGGGAUCCAAACACAGGCUUUCGACAAAAACUUGGCGAGGGAGGUGAAAUGGAAACAGGAAAAGAACGUUUAAGAAGGAUAUUCAAACGUUACAGUGCCCAACAAACAACUGACAAACCGGAUAACAGAAAUACAUCAGCAGGAACCGCAAGUACAGAAGAUGAUACAACGGCAAUUGAAAGAAUAUGCAUCUCCCCUACAUCUGAUCUUGAUUUAUCUGAGGCACAACAACAAUUUGUAGGUGAGAUUUUAUAUCAGUAUGACGACGACGAGUACUGGUACUACGCGGAAAACGAGGACGAGGUCGUGGAAGAUGCCGAGGAAACGGAAAACAAAGAUGAACAUGAGAGUAGAGAACUAGACAACCACGAGGAAAUGAAAACCAAUGAUGACGACACUGUCAAGGGUUUCAUUACCCUCUACGACUUCGGCGGGGAGACGAUAUUUUACAAUUCCCAUCACUGUUUCAUGUCUGGAGAUAUGGUAUUUAUCCUCGUUUUCGACGUGGCGAUGUGCGUCGACUCCGAGAAAGGAGAAAAGGAAAUAGAAGGCAUCGAAUCCUGGCUUAGCUCUGUCGGAACAUAUGCUGUAGAUGACAAAGCUGAUCAGAAUAGGACACCACCUAUCAUAUUAACAGGGUCUCAUCUAGAUCAAGUUUCUGGAACCGAAGAGGAGAAACUCGAAGUAUUUGGAUCUAUUCUGGAUAAAUUAUAUCAAAAUUGCAGAAUAAGGCAAAUAAUGGAAAAUCAUGUUCAAGAAAUGUUUCCAAUAUCAAACUUGAACGAUUCAUCACAACAAAAGGACCUCUACGAGAAAAUAUGGCGGAAAAUAUUCGAUGUGGCUCCCCUUCAAUCUGAAUGGAUGAAAUUAGUUCCAGCCAGGUGGAUUGCAAUGGAACAAGAGCUCCUCAAAAGGAAAGGAGAAGGCGUGCAUGUCUUGACAUACCAAGAGCUGAAGGAAUUGAACAGAACGCUUUUAGUUCCUCUUCCUGAUGAAGAAGAUGUCCGAUACUUUUUAAAGAAACUACAGAUGACCGGGUCGAUGAUCGUUGUAACUUUGAAUCACAAUCCAAUGAUUAUUCUUAAUCCAAACUUCAUCCUAGACGCAUUGAAAUGCAUCAUCACAGAUCCAAAAUUUACAUCUGGUUUCAGAGAGCGGCAGAGAUGGGUUGCUUUUGCCAAAUCUGGAAAGUUGCCCUUCCGUGACUUGCAUGCGAUAUGGAACAAUGGAAUGUCUCAGUGUUUUAGUAAGAACGAGGAAAUAACCAAACUAGCGAUGGAAACGCUUGGUCUUCUAGCUAAGCCAAUAUCGGAUGACAUAAGUGUUGACUACUAUAUAGUCCCGUGUAUGUUGUUGGAAUCGGUCCCUGAAUUAUUGCAACAAAUGUUAGCGGAACCCGACAUAGUAAAGUCUCCCGUGCUUUGCUUCAAAUUUGAAAAGGAGUUCAUCCCAUACGCUAUAUGGGACAAGUUAGUCGCCACCUGUAUUCACCGAUUCCACUGCAUUGAGGAGCCAGGGCAUGAUCAGACCAUAUUCGUACGUCGACGGUUUGUCUGUCUUGCUGUUGACUACUUGUGGAACAUGAUCCUCAAUUGUAAUGGUAACACCAUGAAAGUCACAAUGUACAAACGAGACAGAAAUCAGAGCAUGGUUCAAGGAAGUGGAAUACAAAUCAGAAACAUUCUCGAUUUUCUUCUCCGAAACAUUCUUGAGAUGAAUCGGCAAGCCCAUCUAAAAUAUUAUUUUUGCCUCCAUAAUGACCUCCGGUUUACAAACAAUGACAAGAUGGUGAAAGUAGAGGAUAUUCUCAUAGGAUCAAGUCUGCCAUGCUAUGGACUAGGUGGCAGGGGAUGGAUUUCGAUUGAUGACUACAGCUUUUGGUUUUUAAAUACCGGAACGCGUAGGAAACGACAACCUCACAUUGCCGAUAGCCUCAUGGAAUCAUUACCUGACAGGAUACCUUCGAUGAAGGAGACUGGACGGAUUGCGAAACUGAUAAGUGGAAAAGGAUAUCAAAUGUUUUUCACAGAGCUUCACCUCCCUAUACAUAUAUUAGAACAAAUCAUGGAAGAGACUCGCAACGCCUCAUUUCGAACAAGAGCUACGAAGAUGCUUUUGCAUGUUUGGAAUACCCAACAUGGGAUAGGCUUCGCUGAAAUCAUGGACGCAAUGCAGAAGCAUAACAUGCCGUAUACAGCUCUCAUGACUAUUUUGGACUCAAAUCGCGUAGAUGAGUGCAAAGGUCUGGACUUACCCGCUGAAGUAUUACACAGACCAAUAUCAACUCUAUUCCAGGAUGUAGUUGCCGAUUAUAUCGGUGCGAAAUCCUACUUCAACCUCUUCAUUGAGCUUGGCAUGGAUUACAAAGCAAUCGACAUAAUUGAUGUUAACCAUGGGAAAGUUGGAGACAGAAUACAGGCGCUGUUGGCGAAAUGGAUCCAAGACGAUGGGGAAGAGGCUACCGUAAAGAAGCUUAUGUUAGCCAUGACGGAAUGUGACAUGGACGUUAAAUCUCUCUCCGAUUAUAUCUUGGCACCUAGGUGAUUUCAAUUUUACCCAUGGUAUUGCUUUUCAUCGUUCAUAUUUUUCAUACAAAUAUAUUACAAUACAUAUAUUGAGGUAACUGGGUCCUGCUUUUAUACAAAAACGGGUAUGACAAAGCGAUAGUAAUGUUAUUUUGAAACAUGCAGUUUUCCCAGCAUUUAAUGAAUGCAUACCUCUUAUUUGUUUCGGUUCUUAUAGAGAAUAGUGUUUGCAUGAUAGUCAGAAGUGGCAGUGUGCAGCAUGCAUGUUAAUGCCAAAUUUCGAACAAGUAAAAAAUGGACGACUUUCUAAGUGGCUGAGGAUUCCGAAUUGUAUUCUCCAAAAUACACGAGCGGUGUUUUUACAGACGAUAUUUUCCACUAAAUUAUAAAAAAAAGCAUAACGUAUAUGCUUGGUAUGCUCUAAGGAAUGUAUACCCAGAAAGUGUUUAUAACAGAAACUUACAGAAAGGUGAACAUUGCAAGGCCAUAAACUGCAACCCCAUGAAUAAAAUAAAGACCGGGAUGACAAUAGGAAGUACAAUGUUUGUGAAUAAAUAGUACUAUUAAAAAUAAAAAA